AUGGCUUCCGUCAAACUUGCCACGCUUGCUAUUCGAACAAUAGCAAAACCCAUCGCAAACAGUCUGAAGAGUCAAGCAGAGCAGCAUCCUACGUUUCGCCGACUUUGCAUCGGCCUCGCCCAGUGGAGUCAUCGAAGUGAGGUCCGACUUCGUACGGGUCUCCUUGGUGAGAGCGCAAAGAAUAUCAGACCGUUGAACGAUGUGAGAGCCAUCCAAAAUGGCGCUAAUACUUUGGCGGAAGGUUUCCUCUUUGCGGUAACCGCUGGUCUAAUACUAGGAGAAUCCUAUCGGAGCUCCAGAAAGGAAGAAACGAGACGAGAUGCUGUGAACGAUAAGAUCGAAUAUUUGCAACAAAGGCUCGAAGUGACGUCCACACGGCUUGACUCUGUAUUAGAAGAAGUUCGUACGUGUCUGGACGAGGAAAAACAGCAGAACGAGGACAUUUCGAGGAUAUUAUCUCGCAUCGUAGAUAUCGGGCUAAAAGGAGGCGAGUGA